AUGGCCAUGAGGCUCUUGUUGGCUUUCGUUGCUUUCGCAGCGGUGAGGUCUGAGAAGGUGGACACGGCUCUGGAGACGGACGAUGCGUGCGCGGCAGAUGGUGACUGCAGCCUGGAGCUGAACCAGCUACGCGGAGUGAAGCUGCACGACGCGGAGGCUGCUGAGGACAUGGUCGAUGAAGAGGAGAUUGUGACAGAGGGCGAGGAGGGCGGUGCCUGCACGAACUCGAAAGACCUGGGCGUUUGGAAGCAUGGAGGCAGGAAGGGCUUCGAUGGGGCCCUGAACCAAUGCGGGCGCUCCUGCGCAGCAGGCUUUCCAUGCACCAAGGACUGCAUGAGCAAGAAGGGCUACUCUGCAGGCUGUGCUUCCUGCAUGGCUCACUUGGUGGAGUGCUCUCGCGACAAAUGCCUCAACCAAUGCAUCAGCAAUGACAAGAGUUCCGCCUGCACCGGCUGUGUGAAGAAAUCUUGCCGUCCCAGCAUGAAGCAAUGCAGCGGCCUGAACGCUGGCGGCCACUGA